AUGUUUGUGGAAUGCCUCCCCGUGACUAUUGGAAAUCAGAUUGUUCAGACCAGGCUACAUCGAUUCUUUGUCCGGCCUGACGAUCGUCGGUUCAAUGGCGAGGGUGUGAAAUCUCAUGCUGUCAUUCGGAAGAUUCGAUCUCAACGACCAGGUGGCUGCGGGAUGGCUCCUAUUUUCCCAUAUGGCUCAGCUCCAUGA